AUGCCGUUGUUCGAGAUGUCACCCAACGUGCAGGAGCCUAGCCCGGCUCGUAAGCGCAGCCACGAGGAGUUUUCCGGUGAUGAGGGCGGAGAAGACGCACCCGUGGACGAAAAGACGCCCUCCAAGCGUGAUGUGCGGCCAAUGGGCGAUUCUCUUCUCCCGCCCGUCUCGAAGAACCUAGUUGCUUCCUCGCCUCAGGGCUCCCCCGCUCUCACGGAAGCUGGUAGCAGCACCGCGGCCUGCAACUCGCCCUCGCCCUCGACCCCUACCAAAGCCGGUGCUGCGCAGGCCGCCGCCGCGGCACAGUCGAACCCUGCAAAGCGCAAGAAGCUGACUCCUGCCGAAAAAGAGGCUCGCGAAAAGGAGGCCGCUGAGAAGAAGGAGCAAAAAGAGCGCGAGGCCACACAAAAGAAAAAGGAGCGUGAUGAAAAAGCCGCCCUGAAAGCCGCCGAGAAGGCCAAGCAAGAAGAGGAAAAGGCAGCUCGCCAAAAGGAGAAGGACGACAAGCGCAAGAAGAAGGAAGAAGAGGAAAAACUGAAGGCUGAGCAGCGCGAGGAAAAGAAAAAGCAAAAGGAGGACGAGGAGAAACGGCUCCAAGAAGAAAAGGAAAAGAAGGCUCGCGCUCAGCCCAAACUGAUGAGCUUCUUCCGCCAACCUUCGACACCCAAGAAAGUCGCUACUGCUAUGGCUUGCAACUCGAGCCCAGCAAAGGGCGCAACUGAUACACCAGACGGGAAGGCCACAGAAACGCCGUACGACAAGAUGUUUGGGACAUUUUUCCUCAAGGAACACACUCGAAUGGCUCCCGACAGCUGCAAUAUGGAUGAGGAAACUCGCGAGUUGAAGUCGAAAAUAUUGGACGAAUGCAUUGCAGGAAAGCGCAAGGUUGAUGUCGCAUUUGACCCCGUAUCUCUCUUUGCACUGCCCGCCGCUACCAAACCUCGUGGGAAGCAGCAUCAUCCCGUCCGGCAUAUUAUGGAAUCUGUGUAUAGAGAGAUGGAACGCUUAGGCACUACUGCAUCGCCGAAUAUUCUUGAAGCUGCCAGAAAGAAGCUAGUCGGUAUUCCUGUCAAAGUCAUUGCCUUUUCGCAAGAUGUCCGACCUCCGUAUUACGGUACUAUUACCUAUAGGCCGUUUGCUCUGGGCCAGGGCAAUAUGAGGAGGGUCGCGCGACAAUCUGCCAGCCGACGUCUGCAACUGGACUAUGAUUAUGAUUCAGAAGCCGAGUGGCAGGAAGAAGAAGGCGAAGACCUGGACGCCGAUGAGGACGACGAGGAAAUGGACGACGAAGAUGACAUGGAUGGUUUCCUGGACGAUUCUGAAGACGCAGGCCUCACGCGCCGUACAUUUGGAAACACCAUGGAGCCUGAAAGCACAGGCGUCUGUUUUGAAAACGAAAACAGAAAAGCAUCUGACCUGGCCGCUACAAAUAACAAAAUGGAAAUGAUUCUUGACAUUUUCUACAAAAAUGCAAGCAUCGACCCCUUUGCAACCUCGUAUUGGGAACCAGAACCCAAACCAACAGCAAAGGCAGCCCCGGCAACAGCCACAACCGAGAAGAUGCCGCCUCCGCCAGCACCUGCCAAUGCGUUUGCUGCUCUCAACAGCGGCAGUGCCGACAGUGCGCCUGUCAAGUUGGUCAAGACGGAGUUAAUGAACGAUGUCAAAAAGGCCAUUCUGCAAAAUAAAGCACUCUCCAAAGUUGGCAUCAUUGAUUUUAUUUUCCAGCAAUUUCGCGACAGAGUGUCUCGCACAGAGGUGAAGAACACUCUGGAGUUGAUUGCCGAGAAGAAAGGCACCGGCAAAAUGAAGGAGUGGGACUUGAAGCCUGGAUACGAGAUAUCUCUGCAAGAGUAA